AUGGUCAACGGCACCACCACGGUGUUGGAGCCCACCUUUAUGGGAUAUGUUGCAACAACACAGGAUGCGCUGAUUCUGUUCGAAGCCUGCCUCACAGGCGUCCUGCACCAUGUCCCUCGUCGCCCUCACGAUCGGGAACGGAGCCAUCUCGUUCGCAGCGGUAGCGUCUUCAUCUACGAGGAGAAUUCGUCGGGGAUCAAGCGAUGGACGGACGGGGUGACAUGGAGUCCUAGUCGGAUCCUGGGCAACUUCCUGGUGUACCGAGAGCUGGAGAAGCCCUUCCCGCCAGGCGAGAAGAAGAGAGCGAUGAAGAAGGCCAAUCGACGCCCGGUGCCGUCGACGCGACCGGGGGAGCCGUAUCCGCGACAGGAUAGUAACGGAGGCUAUUCUCCUUCCUCGACAACCGGGCCUUUUGGCGAUAGACCGCAUCAGUCCGACGUGGAACGGGCGCUGGUGGGCUCGCUGGUGGAUUCGUACGGGUUUAAGGAUUCGGGGUUGGUUAAGAAGACGAUGAGCGUAACGGUCUCGGGAGUGACGCAUCACCUGGUGUCGUAUUACAGCGUGGAGGAUGUGAUCCGAGGGCUGCUGAACCCGCCAUCGAUGGUCGAAUCGCUGAGAUAUAUCCGGCCCCGUGCGGAACUAACGCAGAAGCAAAGCUUCCGGGCCCCCAUCGAUGAUUUGGAAACAGGAGGGCUGGAGAAUCCGAAUGACCCGUCGCAUGCGCUCUACGGUUACCGACCUCACCUGGUUGCGCCUCCAGGCUAUGCGAUGACGAACUCUCAUCCCGAAUUCUACAUGCACGCGGGGCCCUAUGCGGCGACUCAUCCGCCCCAGUCCACGCCAAUACCGGGAUACUCGAUGGGAGGAUCGAUUCCGGCACAAUCCGCCCCCAAUCCAUAUCUGCCUGCACCAUCCGCCCCUACUCAAAUCCCGCAGAAACCGGAGGACUACACGCAGUUCCGACAGCCUUCGUAUGGCACCAGUUUUGACGCGCUCGGCCACAACCCUCUAUCCUCGUCAAUUCCGUCAGUUCUCAACACGGCCAUGCCUAGUUCCCUGAGCGACCGCAACCGAUCCCAUUCCGACCACAGCCCGUCCGCUUACCGCAACUCAUCGAUAUCGUCACGCAGCGUGGCCACGGACGCAACAUCGCCGAUCGAUCCCUCGACUCCUGCUACAUACUCGCGGGGCGGGAGUUUCAGUCUGGGACCGCUUGACGGGUCGCACCAGCAUCUGGAACAGCGGGGGCUGGGGGGAUUCGAUCCGGGCAUUUCACGUCGGGAGUCGGGCCCUAUCCCUACGCCUUAUUACACGGGCGGGGACCGACAUCAGUAUUACGUGGGGGCCACGGCCCCGGGCGCACACGCCGGGUAUCCAGUGUCGACGUGGACCACGGCAGCACCCGCGCAACCUCAGAUCUGA